AUGAGCAAAUAUUCAAACCAAAAAGAUCCCAGUGCACUGAAUAUCAAAGAUCUAGAGAACAUAAUCGAGCCGGAUGAUUCAACGGCACCCGUGAUCGAUGCCAAUAGCCAGCACCCGGGGCUGGCGACAGUGAACGAUGCGAAUUCCGUGAUAGAAGAUAUUGUGAAUCCGUCCUUGGACCCGGCCAUGAUGAUGCCACAGCCUAGAACUGCGUCGCAAGAAAUAACGCAGUUCUCUCCUUCGAUUCCGGUUGCUUCGCUCGCUCCCCACGACCAAAAUAUCGUGCGACGCGGGACACCCGUCGGGAUUUACCAACCACAGGGAAGUCCAAGCGCCGGGCAGGCCCAACUUCACGAAAAUUUACUUUCAGACACGCUACUCAUGCCCUACCGAACCAGAUUUUUGCAGAACCCCAAUCACAGACCAAGCCCGCCUCCAAACAAGAGAAAACUCACUGCUACCAAGACAAGACCUGCCUUCAUCAACAAACUGUGGUCCAUGGUGAACGACACUACGAAUCAGAAGUUAAUCAAGUGGAGCGACGAUGGCAAAUCUUUCAUUGUGACGAAUAGAGAAAAAUUCGUGCACGAAAUUCUGCCGAAGUACUUCAAACACUCAAAUUUUGCCUCGUUUGUGAGGCAAUUGAACAUGUACGGCUGGCACAAGGUACAAGACGUGCGAUCCGGGUCUAUCCAAGGAAGUUCAGAUGAACGAUGGCAGUUCAAGAACGAUCACUUCGUGCGAGGCCGCGAGGAAAUGCUAGAUGAGAUCGUCAGGCAGAAGCCUAGCUCCAACAGCAACAACAAUAACAACAGCAAAGACUCGUUUGGAACCCAAACCAAUGAAGAUAUGGACAUUGGAAUUAUGCUGAAUGAAUUAGAAACGGUCAAAUUCAACCAAAUGGCGAUCGCAGAAGAUCUCAAGCGAAUGUCGAAGGACAACGAGAUGUUGUGGAAAGAGAACAUGCUUGCCCGUGAAAGACAUCAGGCGCAGCAACAGGCGCUGAACAAAAUUCUCCAUUUGCUGGCUUCGCUUUUGGGCUCCAACACGACCAAGCUUCUUGGCGGCGACUUGAUCAACGAGCUUACACGCACGAACUCUAAUAUGGAAAACCAAGCAGCAGCACACCCCUGGGACCCAACCCACGCGGCCCCGAUUGCAAGGCCGCGUUUGCUUUUGAAAAACAGAACCACGCCCGUUCCUACUUCGCCAGAUGAGGGUUCCAUCUAUCAUACAAACAGCAGAAACGCCUCAGCUUCUACGAUGCCGCAGACGGCAGGAAUUUCACCCAUACAGGAGCUUGACCGGUGGUCAAUUCACCAGCCGUCUACAGCGAGUGAGGCCACGUCCCCAGGUUUCGGCAGCUCUCGGAUCUCGGAAGUGCCGUUCGAGCCGCAGUCGCCCGCCGUUGACACGACAUUCUUGAACGACCUCCAAACCAACAUAAAGCACCAAGGAGAGUCAAUCCAGGAACUUCAGGACUGGAUAUCGCGCAUCUCACCAGAUGAAGAUCCUCAUGGUGGCGCUCAUCACUCAGAGCCGGAGCAACACGCCGCGAGUCACGUGACCAUGCUACCCGACUCAUCUACAAUGGGCUCUGGCCCAGGUUCGGGUUCCGGCCAUGGCACCGCUUCUGUCUACGAAGAUACAGCAGCGUCUACACAGCCUGCUCACGCCAAGUUCGAUCUUCAGGACUACCUUUCGACCCCCGCCAACACUGCACUUACACCACUUCUCCAAGAAGAAUCUCCAGCAGGUUCUCCAGCCCAAAUGGACGACAAUCCGAAGUCCCGAAAGCGUUCGGACGCCGAAAUCCAGGAAUUACCGAACCCUACCAAAAAACAGCAUUUAUGA